AUGCUAGGCAGUGGGCUCUUGGUUGGUAUCCUAUGCUUCGUCAUUUGUGCAUGCAUUGCUGUUACCAGCAAUCUGAUCCUCUUUACUGCUGUCACUAAGACCGGUCUACACACCUAUGGUGCUGUCGUCGAUUGGGCAUUGGUCCGUCUUGGCUUCAAGAAGGCGGAUUUACUAGCAGCAGUAGGGCAGCAGGCUGAGGGGAAUGCUCCCUAUUACUCUAUAUCCCCUUUGGGGGUCUCUCCUCGACUUGCCUUCUUCGAGCUUUGGGCCUUCGUUUACUGCGUGAUGACCUGCGUGAGCUAUCUUGUAUUCCUCGGAGACUUCAUUCCUUCUAUCACUGGGUAUUAUUUACAAGGAAUAGAUCCAGAAGUGUUCCGUAAAUUCUGUAUUGUGGCCUGUGCAUAUUUGGCCAUUUACCCUAUGUCGGUAUCAAAAAGUAUAUCCGUACUUCGUUACGUAUCAUCCCUCUCUAUUUGGGCCGUGGUCCUGACAGCUACAGUAGUGUUGAUCAGAGCACCCUCACUCGUCGAAGAGCACCCCGAGGAGGCACGUGCAUCGUUGAGCUUGUCAGAAAGUCAUGUGAAUAUGAGCACAUUCAAUACGUUUGCUGUGUGCAUGUUUGGUUUGAUGAACCAGAUCCCGGCAGUUAGAGUGGCAGCAGAGAUGUCUCGUCCGACUACUGUUAGGCGUACCAUCGCUAAUGUAGUAGCUGGUGUCGCGCUCUCUUCUAUUUACCUCUCUAUGGCUAUUGCAGUGUACCUGUCUUUCCUUACUGAUACUAAGCCUAAUUUCAUGCAAAAUUAUGCGGCUGAUGAUCGUAUUAUAUUCGUCUGUCGUAUAGGCCUGACUAUCAUGCUACUUGUUGCUGCCCCGAUGAAUCUCCUACCCGGACUGGCCGGUUUUUACAAGGCUCUCGAGCUAGGCGCGGGGGAAGGAUCGGUUGGUGAUGUUCCUGUGAGAAAUCCCUUCUUCGUCUUCUGUCGGUGGAUCGAGUCGGUUGUCGGUGUCCAGUCACUACUGAUGCAAUACGGAGCACCGUUCUUCUCUAUCACAGUGUGCACCGCUAUUGCCCUACUGGUCCCCAAUGUCGCCUCGUUUAUUGGCUCCAUGUCCUCUUAUUUGGCUGCCCCAUUGGUGUGUGGAUUCCCAGGUUUGGUUUAUGCUGCACUUCAGAAGGAUGAUGACAUCGGCAAGAAACGGUGGCCUCUCUUGACCAUAGCUCUGGUAUUCAUUACUCUACUCCUUUGGGUAACCGCUACGAUAAAUAUCUUCUUUUCAUAA